GAUAAACAUGUAGUACUUGGCUGGAAUACUUUCAUAUUCACCGCUUCAUCCUGAAGUGUCAUCUAUUUCUCGAUGUCUAUUCGUGUGUUACUUUGUUGGGUUUUUUCCCCCACCACUGAUUAAGGAAACAUGUCCACUGCCAACCAGAUUAAAGGGAUUUUCUUUUGUGAAUUCCAUCCGACCCAAGGACCAAUCAUAGCUUAUCAGAUACCAGAAGAUCUGAUUAAAAAAGAAACUUUUGAUGCUCUUCAUAUUUACAUCAUUCCUAAAAAAGAGUUAUUUGAGCGUGAUAUUACAGUAAAUGCACUUGGUCAUAAAAUCCUUGGUUACCCUGUUCACAUUGAUAGUCCCAAAUAUGCCCGCAAUGCCCUUAUAUUCAAUCUCUGCUUUGUUUUUGACCAACAAACAUGUACAACAGACUAUGAACCUGUGGUUAAGAAACUUUCUGCUUACUUGACUCAGUUAGAGCUUGAGAGUGGUUAUUUAUCAAAUGAAGAAUCAAGAAAAGAAAUACCAAAAUUAAUGCAAGAUGUUCUUCAAGCUUUAAAUACACAUGGAAUGUGUCAUGUGCCAAUGAGCAAAUCAACCACAAUACAUUUGAAAGUCACAUCCCGGAUUACAAUGCCUCCUGCAGUUGCUGAUCAUGAUGUGCCUAUUUUAGUCAAAGACUCCGGUUCAAUUUCUGAAUGGGAUCUUACUACAAAACAGGUGAGAUUGCACCAAUUGAGCUUAUUAUGGUUUAAAUUAUGGCACAGUGUUAGAAAUCAUCAUCAUUAUUUGUUAUAUUUCUUUCUUUUAAACAGACAUUAUGGAGUCAUAAAAUUAAUUUCCAUAUUCCAGUAUUCAAAUGUUCAUGCCACAACUCCUGAAAUAUAUCGACUUUCUGAAGAUAAAGACUUACAAGAUGAGUGUGUUAGAUAUGUAAGAACUCAGGGGCAUUCUUUACCAGAAUUCAAAGAUAUUUUCCAUUUACUUUGUGAAAUGAAUCCUGGCACAACUGUACGUGAUAUCUGUUGCCAAUUUAAUCCCAGGGCUUUGAGGAUUGAUGAACGGAAAUUGAUUCAAUUUGGAUUAAUCAAAGGUUUAAUCCGUCGAAUCCAUCGAUAUCCAGUAAAGAUCCACAAUAUCAACAUCCAGCCCCGACUACAGACAUUGUACCACUAUUUUAAUGGACUCCACAGCUAUGAUGAAAUAUGUGGCCGAAUGGGUAUGAGUUACAAUGAACUUGAUGAACUUAUUGAAAGUGAUUCCAGUGUUGUAGUAUAUUUCAAAUGAACCCGUUCAAAUGACCUGCCAGAAGUUUGGAGCUCUACAUUGAUACUGUUUAUUCUCACAUUCUAUAUUUUUUUUACUCUUUUUCACUAAAUUUUUAUGUUACUAAGUAUUAUACUUCAUCUAGAAAAAGGUGCAACAUAUUACUUUGCCAUCUCAUUACCAUUUCUUCCUUUUAUUUAAGUUGAAUUUUUUCUUUUACUUUUAACCAUUGUUUAAUCUUACUAGGGUGGUGGGUGGCAGAUUUGGUAGAGCAAUAAGCAAAAUGUUUCAUGGUAUUUAGUUACAUUUGUUUAUGUUCUGAGUUCAAAUCUCCCCCUUACUAGGACAGUGAACAGAAGAAUCAGGAGUGGUAGAAUACCAAACAAAAUACUGCUCAGUAUUUAGCUACUUCUCUUUAUGUAUUAUCCUAAAAUUGCUGGUCAUGUGCCACUGUUAGAAAUUUUUAUUUAAAUUCACUACAAGAAGUUGUCUUUCCAAUGGUCUUUCUUAAGUAUUACUUAAAUGAAAAUUAUAUUGCAACAAAACAUUAUUUUUUCCUUCCUUUGCUAUAAGUAACAUUACAUAAAAAUCAAAGAAAAAUAUGAUAUUGUAUGUUUGUAGGAUUCUUUGAUGUGAAUAAAUAAUAUGUAUAUAUAAUAUAAAAAGAAAA